AUGGACAUGUCAGCCGAAAACCCGUUCGCGGACCUCAUGACCAAAGCUGUGAAGCUGAAGGGCGCCCAGCAGGCCCAGCUCCGUACUCAAUUCGAUUCGUGGCCGCAGUAUUUCCAGCACUCGCUGUUCAUGCAAGAAUCCGUGGUGACUGUUCGCUCCAAACCUUUUCCUGAACGGAUCGCCUCUGCGGAGGACAUGAAAGCGGUGGGGAAUGCGCAUUUCAACGCCGAAGCAUACGAAGAAGCCGUCGCCGAGUACGAGAAGGCGUUGGCUGUGUUCAAGUACCUGGAGAACAAGGAUCCUGGCUGGAAGAAGAAGGGCAUCGAGGACGGAGAUAUGCUAAUCACCGACUUCAAGUGCGACGAUGCCGAAGACCAGAAGAGACUCGACGCACUCAAGAUUUCGUGCUACCUGAACAUUGCAGCGCAGGCGUUGAUCACCCCAGCUUCAUCCGGAGCACUGGAGUUUGAUCGCGCGAUCGCUGAUCUCCAGAAGGCGUACGCGGUGGACCCCGAGAACCGAGAAGUGCGGAAGAUGCUACGCGAACUCAUGGAGCAGCGCACGAAGCAGCGAGCUCUGGACAAAGAGACCUUCAGCGGGAUGUUUAACAGAGGCCAAGUGGAAGAAGCCGAAGCUCUUGCUCGAGGAUUCGAGGCCAAGGGAAAAACUGAAUAUGCCGCUGAAAUCCGAGAGAAAAUCGCCCAAGCUCAAGACAUUCGCAAUCGUCGGAUGAAAUGCGUCGACUUCUUCAAUCCGACGCCCGAGAUGAUCAAGAACGCAAAGGAAAGCGGGAUCGACCUGACCGACCGAAAUGUCCAGCAAUUACUGAACGAUCUCCAAGAGGAGGAGCGGAACAAAAAUGCAGUAGAGUCUGUGGAUUCUUUGCUCAAAUCCAUGUCAAAUACGGAGAUCGCUCAGCUGCUGACUCGCGAGGGAAUCGACUACCACAAGAUCUCUGAUCGCGAGCAGUUCCUCGAGACGGCGCGGCAGGUUUUAUUGUCCAAGCUCGACGACCAGAAGGAGCCCCCAAAGUCCUCCUACGCUCGAACAAUCGUUCUGUUGGCGAUAGCAUGGACUCUGUUGCGGCUGUACACGUCGGGAGGUCUAUCGAUUCUCAGCCCGACUAAGGUCAUGGACAUCUUCGAUGAAGACUAG